UUUUUGAUUAGUAAUAUGCAUUAUUAAGAACUUAAUUUGGUCAACUUUAAAGCUCAUUUUCUCAAUAUUUAGAUUUUUUUGCACCCUCAGAUUCCACAUAUUCAAAUAGUUGUAUCAUAUUCCAGAUUUUCAAAUAAUCAACCAAAUAUUGUCCUAUCCUAACAAACCAUACAUCAAUGAAAAGCUUAUUUAUUCAGCUUUCAGAUGAUGUAUAAAUCUCAAUUUUGAAAAUUUGACCCUUAUGACUGGUUUUGUGGUCCAGGGUCACAUUUUGUAAAUUUUCUACCGUAAAUAUAUAAAAAUUUAAUUUUUGCUUAGUAAUAUGCAUUGCUAAGAACUUCAUUUGGACAAAUUUAAAGGCGAUUUUCUCAAUAUUUAGAUUUUUUUUCCCAUUCAGAUUCCAGAUUUUCAAAUAAUCGGCCAAAUAUUGUCCUAUCCAAACAAACUAUACAUCAAUGAAAAGCUUAUUUAUUCAGCUUUCAGAUGAUGUAUAAAUCUCAAUUUCGAAAAUUUGACCCUUAUGACUGGUUUUGUGGCCCAGGGUCACAUUUUGUAAAUUUCCUACCGUAAAUAUAUCAAAACUUAAUUUUUGCUUAGUAAUAUGCAUUGCUAAGAACUUCAUUUUGACAAAUUUAAAGGCGAUUUUUUUCAAUAUUAAUUUUUUUUCUUCAGAUUCCAGAUUUUCAAAUAUUCGGCCAAAUAUUGUCCUAUCCUAACAAACCAUACAUCAAUGGAAAGCUUACUUAUCCAGCUUUCAGAUGAUGUAUAAAUCUAGAUUUCAAAAAACUGACCCUUAUGACUAUUUUUGUGGUCCAGGCUCAAGAGGUUGGCAACUUAUUCAAGUGAUAAAUGAUCAGGGCUCUCAGGAGUGAUUAUUUCUGUUUGGCUGAAAGUAAGAGAGCUUGUGGUCUGGUGACGUCACGCGCUCCGGCAUCACGUGGGGCGGUGAGGAUCAGCUGAUCGGCAGCACUUCCUCAUUGGAAUUCGCGAUGUUUUGACGGAGACCUGCUGCAAAUAACACUGCUGGAUCAUCCUUCAGCUCUGGGCGUUUGGCUUUUGUCACCUUCUCUUAAUGAAUACCUCAGACAGUGAAGAGGACUCUUACAACGAGAGGUCGGCUCUGGUCCAGUCCGAAAGCCCAACCAUCCCCUCGUACAACCAAGAUCAUGAUAUGUCUCUGCCCCAGGAAACAGACACCAAACGGCGGCGGACGGUCAGCUCAGGUUUGGUCGAACCAGGGCCGGUGGAGCGAGAGCAGGCGUCCACUCCUGAUGGAGAAGAAGAAGAGCUGACCCUCAAAUAUGGCGCUAAGCACGUCAUCAUGCUCUUCAUUCCAGUCACGCUCUGCAUGGUGGUGGUGGUGGCAACAAUCAAGUCCGUCAGUUUCUACACGGAGAAGAGCUCACAGCGGCUCAUCUACACUCCGUUCGAAGAGGAUCCGAACUCUGUCGGUCAGAGGCUCUUGUAUUCGCUCCUCAACACCAUCGUCAUGAUCAGCGUGAUUGUCUUCAUGACCAUAAUACUGGUGGUGCUUUAUAAGUAUCGCUGCUAUAAAUUCAUUCAUGGCUGGCUGAUUCUGUCUUCACUGAUGUUGCUCUUCUGGUUCAGCUUCAUGUAUCUGGGCGAGGUGUUCAAGACAUAUAAUGUGGCUAUGGACUACCCGACGUUAGUGAUGAUCAUCUGGAAUUUUGGCGUAGUGGGAAUGAUCUGCAUUCACUGGAAAGGGCCGUUGCGGCUGCAGCAGGCGUACCUCAUUGUCAUCAGCGCCCUUAUGGCGCUCAUCUUCAUCAAAUACCUGCCUGAAUGGUCAGCAUGGGUCAUACUGGGAGCCAUCUCGAUAUAUGAUCUGAUAGCGGUGCUGUGUCCGAAAGGCCCAUUGAGGAUGCUGGUUGAGACGGCGCAAGAAAGGAACGAACCAAUUUUCCCUGCACUUAUAUAUUCAUCCGCCAUGGUUUGGAUGGUUGGCAUGGCUGAUUCUAGUAAUCCAGAUUCCACUGAUGAAAGACGGCGGAAUGAAGGCGGAGCCCGGGCACAGGAGGGGGUGGAGUCAGAGGAUGAUGCGGCACAGGGAGGGAGGCGGCGGUAUUCAGCAGAAGAGGAACUUGAGGAAGACCGAGGGGUGAAGCUGGGUCUUGGUGAUUUCAUCUUCUACAGUGUCCUAGUAGGAAAGGCUGCCGCCACCGGAGGAGACUGGAACACCACACUGGCCUGCUUUGUGGCCAUUCUCAUUGGACUGUGCCUGACGCUCCUCCUGCUGGCCAUUUUCAAGAAGGCCCUUCCGGCUCUCCCCAUCUCCAUCACCUUCGGCCUGGUCUUCUACUUCUCCACAGACAAUCUGGUACGGCCCUUCAUGGACAGCCUGGCAGCCCACCAGUACUACAUCUGACAGAAAGCAACUGACACAUGAAGGACUUUAUCAGAACACAGUCGUUACAACAUUUCAACGAGAUUCAAACGUUUUUAGUUCUUAUGAAUCCAAGCAGGUUUCUGAUAUUUUUGAAAUGCUCUAGGUGAGUGCAGGUGUAAAAUGUAUCAAAACAAGCAAACCGAUUUCAGCUCUGAGUUGUCGUGCAUCUUUGCAUUGGCAUUUUGGUUUUAACUGAGAAUAUAGUUUUGUUAUUCUUACUGAGAAGGUAAAUGACUUAGAAGUGUGAUCAGCAGGUGUCAAUGAAGGCAUAAAUAACGACUUGAGAAGAACAGAUUGCUGCUAGAUUGAGUCGUGAGGCAGAAGCCUGUAUAUGUGGCCUACAUAUAGCAGUGUAAGUGCUGUAGGCUUGCCAGUGGUUACAGCAUAAUAAACUAAUCACACAAAUAGUUUUUCCUGCAUAUUUUCGUUUUUAGAAUCACUAACAUUGUGGCAGGUAAACAAAUGAAGGCCAAUGAAAGUGUAUAACACAUAUUUGUUGUACAUACACAGGGCUGGGUGAUGCAUUUAAUAUUCACAAAAAUAUUUAUUUGCCAUUUACAGUUACACUGUUGUUCAUGUUAUCACAGAUCCAUUAAUAUGAACAGAUAACUUUUGAUUUUAAUGAUGCAUCAGUAAAUGUUUAAAUGUUUGAACUAAUAUUAAUAGAUGCUUCAAUAGAUGUUGGUUCAUGUUACCUCAGGUCCAUUAUUUAAUAUGAACUGAGACAACUUUAUUAACAUUAAAUAGUGUUAAUAAAUGCUUUAGACAUUUUUCAUUAUUAGUUUGUGUAAAGGAUUAGCUCACUUCCAGAACAAAAAAUUAUAGAUAAUGUACUCACCCCCUUUUCAUUCAAGAUGUUCAUGUCUUUCUUUUUCAGUCGUAAAGAAAUUGUUUUUGAAAAAAAACAUUUCCAUGUCCAUGUUAAUGGACUUUUAUGUUAAACCGACCCAAAUUUGAACUUCCAAAAUGCAGUUUAAAUGCAGCUUUAAAGGCCUCUAAACGAUCCUAACUGAAGAAUAAGAGCUUUGAUCUAUCUAAUUACAAUUUAUAAACUUUUUAACCUUAAGCCCUCUUCUUGUCUGGUUCUAUGUGAACUUUUUUUUUUUUCAAUCGGUCGUGACAGUUAGGGUACAUCUAAAAACUCCCGUCUCAUUUUCUCCUCCAACUUCGAAAUCGUCCUACAUCGCUGUUUUUUACUUUUUUUGUAAAGGGUGUUUGAUCGUCUGUGCGUGUUCACUUUGUAAAAUCUGGGAAUUGUGAAGUUGGAGGAGAAAAUGAGACGGGAGUUUGUAGAUGUACCCUAACUGUCAUGACCAGAAAAAACAGAGUUCAAACAAAGCUAGACGAGACAAGCAUUUGAGGUUAAAAAGCACAUAAAAUGUAAUUUAAAAAAUAAAAAUAACCGAUCGUUUUGCUAGAUAAGACCCUUUUUUCUCGGCUGGGAUCGUUUAGAGCUCUUUGAAGCUGCAUUUAAACUGCAUUUUCCAAGUUUAAAUUUAGGGGCACCAUAGAAGUCCGUUACUUCUAUGUUUUUCUCAAAAAAACCUAAUUUCUUUACGACUGAAGAAUAAAAAUACAUGAACAUCUUGGAUGACAAAAGGGCUGAGUACAUUAUCUGUAAGUUUUUGUUCUGGAAGUGAAGUAAUCCUUUAACAAACCUGUAAAAUGUUACCCAAAUACAUAAAUAUCAAGAUAUACAAAUUGAAUAAUGUCAAACGAUUGUAAAAUAUUAUGAAAUCUAAGAUUUAUUGCCUAAGCUGUAUCACCCAGCUCUAGUCGUGGAACAACACAGCAAAAUUAUUGUAUUUUUUUUUAUUAAAACGCACAUUUCCAGGUAUCAGUUUACAAAUUUGAUCAAGUCUUUGGUUUACAUUUGAUCUACAAACUCUUCCUGACAAUGUCACUGUCAAAUUUAAAAAUAAGUACACUGGAAUCGUGUAUCUAGGAUUUCUUCUAGACCCAUAUCAGGUAUGCCAGCUCAUAGAAGUUGUUGGUGCCUUGCUUUGUUGUUUUUCUGUGCCAUUUGAAUCGCACACAAGAACUAGUGCACUGGAGUUGCAAUAUAGAGACACGUGGACAGAAACUGGAUAGAAACUCAGUUCUCUUACUCUAGUUUCAGGUCAAUAACAAUAUUUAUCUUGUUUUUCACAGCAUCUUUUGUUUAAAGGGAUGGUUUACACAAAAAUGAAAAUUAUCUCAUGAUUUACUCAUCCUAGGUGUAUAUGAGGUUCUUCUUUCAGACUAAUACAAUGGGAAUUUUAAUAAAAAAGUCCUGGCUCUUCCAAGCUGCAUAAUGGUAGUGAAUGGGUGUUGAGGUUUUGAAGUUCAAUAAAGUGCAUCCAUCCAUAAAAAGUACAGCUUUGGGGGGUUAAUAAAAGCCUUCUGAAGCAAUUCGAUGUGUUUGCGUAAGAAAAAUAUGCGUACGACAGUUAGCGGAAGCUUGAUAUUAUGGUUGUAAAGUUUUAAAUAUGAGUAUUUUUCUUACACAAAUGCAUCGAUUUGCUUCAGGAGGCCUGUAUUAACCACAAGUGAAGCACUUUUUAUGAUGGAUGGACACACUUUAUUGGAUUUCAAAAUCUCAACUCAGCCAGGACAAUUUUUAAUAUAACUCAGAAUGUAUUCAUCUGAAUGAAGAAAAUCAUAUGUAUCUAGGAUGGCUUGAAGGUAAAUAAAUCAUUGGGAUGAACUAUCCUUUUAACAUCAUACUUAAUGUAAAAAGGCAUCUAUAAUCUUCGUAUGAAUUUUCUUAAACUAAUCAAAAACGUGGUUGUAUGUAGUGCUGAGAGUCAUUCGCUGUAAGACCCUCUCGGCUAAAUGUGUUCCUUUUUUAUCAGCUGUUACCUGAAUGGAAACGAACCAUUGCUAUCACACGUUUUUAUACUGCUUUACUGGACAUGGUGAUUACAGCUGCUUGAGAAACAGAUAUGCUUUGAGCGUUUUAGGAAUAUUUUGCAUAUGCUGAGAGCGUUUAAUCUUUAUACUGAAGAAAGAAAUUAUAUUUACUACAGAUUCAACUUUUAAUUGUUUUUAUAUGUUCACAGGUAAAAGGAAUUGUUUCCCUCUCUUGAUUUUGUUUUUGUCAUGCACAAUUGCUUGGUGUCGUGUAAUAAUAAAAUAUCAAGCAAAUAAAUGGAUUUUUUUCGGAGGUGAAUUUUUGUAAAUGCCAAGCUAAUUUAGUGGAAGUUUUAGCUGCCUUGUCAAUGACCAAAUAAAGAAAAACCAUACU